CAUUUUUAAAAGUAAAGAGAAACUCAUGGAAUUAUUUUUAGUAAUAUAUUUUGCCCAAUAUAUCCAACAUAUUACUUCAAUAUAAAAUCAAUAUAAAAUUAUUAGAGAUAUUUUAAAUCCUUUCUUCAUAUUAAAUUUUUGAAAUUGUGUAUAUAUUUUACACUCAACAUAUCUCAAUACAAACUAGCUGCAUUUCAAGUGCUCAAUAGCCACAUGAGGCUGGUGGCUACCAGAUGAAACAGCACAGAUCUAGACUCUCUAAUGAAAAUGGAUUUUUUUAAAAAAAUAACUUUUAUCUGUAUUCUUAUUAUUCUUCAACAGACACAAAUUGCAUGCAUUUCUGUAUUUUUACAACUUGCUAUUUUAAAUAUCUUUGGCAUAUCUUCACAUUCAUCCUCUAAUGCAAGUUAUUUUUCUAAAUGGCACAUGUCGCAUCAGCAUCUGUCUUCACUUUGACAUAUAUAUUCAUAUUUAGCUCCUAUCUGCUCCACUGCCUCAAGACAUUCUCCCUGUUCCCUGCCUCCUGCCACCUUCUCCCUCUGCACAUCACUGGCUGUGAAGGUUCAGAUGCCCAGAAGAAACGUUUUCCACAUCUUCACCGCCUCUUCACAAUGCACAAUUUCUAGCUCUACUUUAGUAGAUCUAAGGUCACUGACUCAUGACUCAGAAAAGUCAAAUGCAAAUCGUAGGAAAAGCCUGUCUUCACUGCUUCAAAGUUAUGUUUAAAAUAGGCUUGUUAUAUUUACUUUUACUUAAAAUUAGAAACAGUCGAAAAAAAUGAAAUGCAUGGCCCACUUGGUUCCUUUUCAAAAUAAACUGGCCUAAUGGUUCUCCACAAACACAAGCAACUCAAUUUUUAAUCAAAAAAUGUACUUCUUGCCUCAAAGACUUUACUAAAAUAAUGUUUUUGGUUCUUAACUAUAGAAACAGUUUCACCACUGGAAAAUGUGAACAUGAGGUAGAUACAGCUUAAGAAGUUAAAAGUCUUGAAUUAGGAAAUUAAGGUGUUGUCAUUGACUUUAAACACCUAUAGACUUUGUAAUUCAUAUUAGUUUGGUUUCCCAUUGCUCGAUGUGUUUGCCUUCCUAAUAAUGACAGACUUGCUCUUCUCCCCCAGGCUCUAAAAGGUAGCAUGUGGAACCCUGGGGAGUUAUGAGACCUGGAUUUGGGUCCUCACUGCCAGUUGCCAGCCAGAUAUAUGACCUUGGCGUCCAUUCACCCCGCUGGCCUCAGCCUUCCUGCUGUAAAAAGGGGGUUGACAGCAGGCUCCUUCAGACUGCCUCCACCUCUGCCCCCCGACCUUCGCUCAUCCUCCUCUAUGCCAUUAUCCCUGAAGCAUUUGCCUCCUCAUGUACCUCCUCCUUCCCAAAAGACAAGAUGGCUGGCAGCACGUAAGUGAAAAGGGAAUGAAAAGCUGUUUAAAAAAAAAAAAAAAAAUUCUAAAAUGAGUCACCUUUCAAGAAUUUCCCAUUUCCUCAUGCCUGGGUGCUUGAUCGUGUCGCUAAAUCAGUUCUUCCAAUGAAACUUGCUCUAAGAACCCGGUAUUUGUUAUGUGCACUGCUCUUGGAUGAUGUUUACAAUGUGCACCCAUCUCUUUUAAGAGCUUGUAGGUAUCAAACCACCUCCAGGUUGUGCAUCAAAAAGACAUCAGCAGCCACAGAGUCAACUUUAGUUGAGCCUGGAGAAAAUCAGACCAAAACCGUAGAGUUUUAACUAGGUUUUGUAUCAUCUUUUCAUAAGUUAGGAAAAAUAAUUACAGCUCUCCAAACUUCCCACUUAACAUCUCCCAGGACCCUGCAGCACCCUAAAAUCUAGCCGGCUCCAAGAAUCACUCCCUACUUCGUACCCGGAUGAGCCUUGCCUCACACUAAUUCCCUCCCUGAGGCUUAAGUCAGGGGGCAGCUGAUGGUUGUGGUCUGUGCUGCUUCCGCCCGGCCUGAUUUUUCAUGCUGCCAUUUUGAAUUAGCACAGGUUUCCUCUGCAACUGAUGCAUUUUCUAACCAGGCUGGGAACACAACACGCGCACACACACACACACACGCACCCACCCACCCUACCCGGCUGCCGGACGCAAGCGUAAGUCAAGGCACUUGCAAGCUAGAAUCAGACAGAAAAUCCAGAAAAGCCACGUUAUUUAACAGAACCGUACAAGGUCAGCUUUGAGUCAAGGCAGAUAACAGCUUCCUUCGAUGUUUUCAUGGACAUUUUUAUUCCCAAAUCCGAGUUCUCGUCAAUUCUCUAAAGUUCAAGCGCCCCUCCUGCUUUGCAGACCACAUUUCUCUCGGCCCUCGCCAAUGAGGUCGCCAAAUACUCGACGCCUCAAGAGCGAGCCGAGAAGGCGGAGGCCGACCAAGCCGGACAAUCCCUAUCCCAGGAACACGCGCCGGCCUCUCGGCAGCCCCGCCCGGCGCCCCGCGGAGAACGCCCGGGUGCGGCUCGAGGGAAGUUGUGUCAAGUCCCACGCGCGGCCCGCGGAGAACACAGCGGCGGCCCGCGCGCGUCGGCCUAGCGGGGAGGGCUGCUCCGGGACACGGUGCGGCGGCCGCGGGCGAGUUGGACGCGCUGGCAGAGCCGGGCCGAAGGCGGCGGGCGUCUCCGGGCAGCCAUGUUCGCGGCGCCCGCCCGCGCAGCAGAUGGUGUACUGUUAGACGACAAGAACCUGCUUCUAGCGAUCUUUGCGUCUCCAGGACCUGACUUGUGACCAUUCAAUAAGAGUUUGAUAGAUGGACAGAUUAAUGAAUAGAUGAAGAUGAUUAGAAGCCAAAAUUUCUGAAUCUCCCUAGCACCCAGAACAUGGCUUAACAUCAAGGAAAUGCUCACUAAAUACUUUCAUAAUGGAAUGAAUGGAACCGAUGCCUAAUUGAAAAUCAUUAGGCUGUAAACCAUUUCCAUGUUCCAAUUUCUUCGUUUAUAGAACAGAAAUGAUAGUGUAACCACCUGAAAAUCCUUCGCCUAAACUUCCAAAACCACACCCAUCUCAUCAAUGAAGUCUGACUCUCUAGAAAGAAGCAAAUGACUGAAAUCAUGGUCCUGUGCCUUGACCAAAAUAUCAUCUGUCAGAACAAAAGUAGUAGGUCAGUGAAACGGCAUUAGUAUAUCCUUCAACAGGCAAAUAAGUGAUUGUGUAGUUUGCUUUUAAAGUCGCUGUGAAAAGUUUUAGGUGAACAUCACCUACACAUUAAAAAUGGAAUCAAGUCAUUUUCUCUAAGAAAUGGAGUUUGAGAUAUGAGAAUUCUUUUGGGCUUUUUCUACUUAUUGCCCAAUUAUACACCCAGAUAUAUUUCUGCAGUAUUUCAAAGAUUCUAGUUCUAAUUUUUAUAAUAAAAAAAUUAGCAGCCUUUUCCAGACCACAUGUUUCCAACAAGAACUUCAAAGGCCUCGCUCGCUAUAUAAAACUGGCUUUAAACAAUUUCCUUUCCCAAAGAAGGAAACAAGAUAUUUCGGCUUUGUAAAAGAGGUAAAAUACAAGCCACCUUUCGUGCUGGAGAGCUGGCAUAAGUGAGUGGAUUCUUAAUUACUAUUUUACCUGCGGGGCAUAAUUACUUACGUGGAGUGAAAUAAAGAGCCGUCCUUUUCUAAGUAGCCUUCAUAGUGGACCAACAUCAAAUCCCCUCCUUUGGUCUUGCGAUGGCAGAUGAAUGGCUUCUGGAGAACUUCAAUUUUCACUUCUGGUUCAGGGAUCAAAGCCCCAAUCAAAGAAGAGACGAAUAGAGUCAAGACCGCGUUCCCCAAGAAAAGCCUCAUGUUGCUGAAGCAGAAAAGAAGUCCCUACAAAAGCAGCGAAAGGGCCCUUGACUUCACAGAUUUAAGAGCGUAGUUCAAGGCUUAGGGACAACGGCUUCAGGCAAAUUCAAGACUCCCCCUUCUUAGAAGACGUGGCACAUUUACCACCAACUACUUUCUCACGGGUCAGGAACCUACCUUUAAAGAGUUAAGCACAAAUGCGGGCCUGACUGGCUCUUAUAACGCGUCCGCCUGGGAAUAGCGGCCUCCCAUUGGCUGUUGGUGCUGUCCUUCAGGCAGCUCUCAAGCCAAUGACGCUGCAACGAUGGAAUUUACAGCCCGGUAGAGCCGGGCAGCUGCCAAGCGGCGGAUCAUCCCAUGUGGUCCUAGAGCCCGGCGGAUUUCAGAAUUCAACCAGCGUGGAUUUUGGGAGAGGGGCGGGGCGCAGAGCCAACCGGAAACUCCUCCGGCAGAUUUAUCUCUGUUGAGAACCCCGCUGAGAGACGUAGGAAGAGUCCUGGGGCCCUGCGAAACCUUCGGGGUUCCAGGAAAGAGUCGUUUACUCUCGCCGUUGGAGAGCGGCCCCCCAAGAUGCCACAAUCCUAGGAUUUUGCUAUUGCUCAUAAACUGUAAAGACUGACAUAGUGCUUUAGGGUUCACAAAGCGCGUUCCCGUUGCAUGAACCUCACUACAACCAGUAAGGCAGGUUCUUUUUUCCCAUUUAAAAGAGAAGUAAAUUUAGACCAGGA